AUGGUCGGAGUGGGAGGGAGAAGCAAGGCCUGUGACCACUGUCGGCGGAGGCGUGUCAAGUGUGAUCUCGCCGCUCCCGAGUGCGCAAGAUGCAUUAAAGCCCACUUGAAAUGCGGAGGCUCUCGUGGUCUCAGCUUCAUUCAAUACAAUGGUAGCAAGGCCAAGCAAGUCCGCCAGACCCUUGGCGUCAGUGGCAUCUCUCGGGCAGUAUUGACUGCGAAAGAGAAGACAACGACAGACUCAACUUUCCCUCAAUGGAACCAUGUUGUUUCAUCUCAAAUCGCAGAGUCAUUUUUGAUGCCAGGGUCUAUGGAUGACGUUUACGUCUCAUACGCGCUGACAUAUCUGCUGCGCGAGAACGAGGAAAUUGUGGUGAAACCUGGCACGAGCCGGGCAUUGACCAACGAAUGCUUCGUGGCACUUUCUACGACUAUUUUCGGCAUCGACAAGGAGCAGCCGCAAGUUUUGCAGCAUGGCCUUCACAGAUAUGGUACUGCUCUCCAGGCUCUCAACAGGGCGCUAAGUGACUCUAAAGAAAGUCAAUCUUUCGAUGUUCUCGAGGCUGUUAUAGUCAUGGCUGUUUUCGAGCCACUACGACACCAAUACGGUCGGGACACGACGGAUCCCUUCAGCCAGCCUGGAACACUGUUCUAA